AUGGCGAUCGUUCACGUGUUACUCGUCGCGCUAAUCGCCGCGACGACGUCCCAUGCACCGCGCGGCGUCCAUGGCGCCGCCGCCCCGACGUGGCCCGGCGAGCUCGCCGCGCUCGUCAAGGCCGGCAGGCUCCGCACCGACCCCAGCGUCACCCUGGCGGCCUCGACGGACUUCGGCAACAUCACGUCGGCGCUCCCGGCGGCCGUGCUCCUCCCGUCGGCCCCGGCGGACGUGGCCGCGCUCCUCCGCGCCGCGCACUCCGACCCCAAGUGGCCGUACACCAUCUCCUUCCGCGGCCGCGGCCACUCCACCAUGGGGCAGGCCCUGGCCCCCGGCGGCGUGGUCGUCGACAUGCCGUCCCUGGGCGCCGCGCCGGCGCGCAUCAACGUGUCGUCGGACGGGCGUUACGUGGACGCCGGCGGCGAGCAGAUGUGGAUCGACGUGCUGCGGGCGGCGCUGGCGCGCGGCGUGGCGCCGCGGUCGUGGACGGACUACCUCCACCUCACCGUCGGCGGCACGCUCUCCAACGCCGGGCUCAGCGGCCAGACGUUCCGGCACGGCCCGCAGAUCUCCAACGUGCUGGAGCUCGACGUCAUCACCGGCUACGGCAAAACAAAAACGUGCUCCAAGUCUGUCAGCCCGGACCUCUUCAACGCGGUCCUGGGCGGGCUGGGCCAGUUCGGGGUGAUCGUCCGAGCCCGGAUCGCGCUCGAGCCCGCGCCGGCCCGGACCAAGUGGGCGCGGCUCGUCUACACCGACUUCGCCACCUUCUCCGCCGACCAGGAGAAGCUCAUCGCGCCGCGGCCCGACGGCUCGAUCGGGCUGUUCAGCUACCUCGAGGGCUCCGCCUUCGUCAUCCACGGCCUCGCCGCCGCGCUGAAGAACUCCGGCGUGUUCUUCUCCGACGCCGACGUCGCGAGCAUCGUGGCCCGCGCCGCGGCGAAGAACGCCACCAACGUGUACGUCAUCGAGGCGACGCUCAACUAUGACAACUCCACCGCCGCGUCCGUGAACCAGGCGCUCAAGUCGGUGCUGGCGGAGCUGCGCUUCGAGGAGGGGCUCUCCUUCGUGCGCGACGCGUCGUACCUGGAAUUCCUGGACAGGGUGUACGGCGAGGAAAUGACACUGGAGAAGCUCGGGCUAUGGCGCGUCCCUCACCCGUGGCUCAACGUACUCGUCCCCCGCUCCCGCAUCGCCGACUUCGACCGCGGCGUCUUCGGCGGCAUCCUCCAGGGCACCGACAUCGCCGGGCCUAUGGUCAUCUACCCGAUCAACAAAUCCAAGUGGGACGACAGCAUGUCGGCGGUGACGCCGGCGGAGGACGUGUUCUACGCGGUGUCGAUGCUCUUCUCCUCGGUGGCCAAUGACCUGAAGCGGCUGCAGGCGCAGAACCAGAAGAUACUACGCUUCUGCGACCUCGCCGGGAUCGGGUACAAGGAGUACCUGGCGCAUUACACAACCCACGGCGACUGGGUCCGGCAUUUCGGCGGCAAGUGGGACCGCUUCGUGCAAAUGAAGGACAAGUACGACCCCAAGAAGCUGCUCUCUCCAGGACAGGACAUCUUCAACUAGACUGCAGAUAAUUGUUGCUAGCUCGACCAAAAGUUAGUGGAUUAACAUGGACAGACACAAAGCAGUUCAGUAAACAUUUCG